GCAUGUCUUCAGUACACCUACAGUCAUACCGUGGUUCGUCAUUUCACACGGGUGGAGGAAUUAGAUGAUAAAGUUGGGAACGACUGGACCCGGGAAUUGACCUACGACACAUUUGUUGACUGUGCAGGAAUUUGUUUUAAAAAUAAAACCUGCCAUAGUUUCUCCUUCUACUCCGGGGCGUGUUAUAUUCGUAACACAUACGAUGUCCACACAGAUAUCUCAUAUCUUGGUUCACCUGGAAUGAAGACGUUCUUGAAGAAAGCCGAAUGCGUGUCUCCAUACAGCCAGAUAGGAGACAUAUGCAUAUGGGUGUCCAGUUCUGCUCUGACUAAUGCUGCGUCAAGAUCGAAAUGUCAGAUGGACGGUGGGGACUUGGUGACCUUGCCAACGCUUGACAAAAUACAGCUGGUUGAAGACUUCAUGGAGGCAAAUGGUUACGAAGUGAACGAUAGACGCUCAAUCGGUGCCUAUCUGGACGAGGCCAGCAUGACGUGGGACUGGUUGGAUGGAUCCGGACUCAACAGGUCAAGCCUUUGGUGUGAUCCAGAUAAUCCGUUUGUUUCUUCAGAACAAUGUUUACAGUUGAAACACUCCUGCUUCUUGGAUCUUUCAUGCUCAUUGAUCUACGAGUACAUUUGCGAAAUUAGAUUGAACUGAAAAGUUCAAGCCUUUGGUGUG